AUGGAAUCCGGCAGCGUGUUCGAUUUUGUCGGAUCGGCUGCAUUGAUGAGAUUCAAAGUUACUCUCGUAAAGAAAGACUUUAACAAUUUGGACGACAUUGUUGAAGGUGGUGUUUCGGGAAUGUUUAAAAGUCACACAGUCGAUGAACUACAGCUGCAAUGGCAGCAGAAAAUAUCACUUCACACCGAUCAAUCCAAUUUCCAAAACAAUACAGCGAGAACUGAAGCGAGACUGUUCACUUACGUUGAAGGCGACAAAAUUCCUGAGCGUUUAAAAGUUUUCAAAGCUCCAAUGAGCAACGAAGGAGAAGCGCAGAAAGCCGAAUACGACUACCGACGAAUUUCCAGAAAUUACAACGAUCGUGAUGAGUACGUCAUCUGUCGAAUCACUCUGUUAAACGAGCGAUCGAUGAUAUUCGAGCCACGGCUAACUCACAGUGGCUACCGUAUCCAAAGCAAAAUAGGCGAAUAUCGAGUACUAUUACAAGUAUGGGACGACAAUUUCACGUCAAUAGCUCAACCGCUCGAUAGAGUGACGGUGGUUUCUCCAAACCUACCUGAAACUCAGUUAUUUGAACUACCUGAGGAGGAAUCAGUCAAAGUUGUGUGUCUGAUGUGUAUUGAUUACGGUAGUCACUUUGACUACAGCAGCAUAUGGGUGGAAUACGUAGUCUAUUUUCCUGAUGAUUUAACGUGUACCACGGGCAAUACAGAAGGGCAGACCUCAGCUUGUGCAGCGGGAAAGGACGGACGAUACCAUUUCUGUUGGCCGAUCGAGUUUGUCGCUCAAGCAACCGACAUGUCUCGAUUUCACGCACGAUUUCGGGUGCGCUCAGAAGAUCUCUGGGGUCGUCAAUAUGUAGCCGGUUACGCCUGCCUUACAGUACUACUAACGCCUGGAAGAACAGACUAUCGAAUUGAAUGCUGGAGACCUAUAAAAACUGGCGAUGCCGUCAGCGAACUACGUGAGUUCUUCAUCGGUCAGACGAUCGAUAUCGAUUUCUUUAACUUAGAAAAGGAUGGUGUGAUAUCACGAACAGGCCUGACAACGCAGUCGUCAGGCACUCUACAUGUUACGAUCACAAGCAUAAUACAAAAACGAGAAUACAUUUCUCGUGAGACGCUCAAUCAUAUAAAAUAUGGAACGCUGUUUGGAAGAAUGGGGUAG